CGGAAACAGUAGAAGCGGUGAACACGAGAGCUGAGGUGGAAACACCGGCGACUGCGGGAGAGAGUGAUACUCACCACAGAAACUGCUUUUAAUAUACCACAUUUUUGGUGUAACGUAUUUACUUUUAUUUUACGACGUACGAUAAAAUGCCCGUUUGAGUGGAUAAAACCGAAGCACCGACCAAAAGGGGGAUUUUUGUGUAUUCUCCGACUUGACUCGAAUUAGUCGGGAUUUGAGAAUGUCGGGGAGCCGAGAGGAGGAGCGGCGGAAACUCGCCGACAUCAUCAACCACUGGAACGCCAACCGUCUCGACCUGUUCGAGAUCAGCCAACCGACGGAGGACUUAGAGUUCCAUGGAGUGAUGCGAUUUUACUUCCAGGACAGGAUGGCAGGGAACUUCGCCACAAAGUGCAUCCGAGUGUCCAGCACGGCCACCACACAAGAUGUGAUAGAGACACUGGCGGAGAAGUUUAGACCAGAUAUGAGGAUGCUGUCGGCUCCAAAGUACUCCCUCUACGAAGUCCACGUCAGUGGCGAAGAGAGAAAACUGGACCUGGACGAGAAGCCAUUGGUCGUGCAACUCAACUGGAACAAAGACGACAGAGAGGGGCGCUUCGUACUAAAGAACGAGAACGACAUCAUGCCCAAGAGGACACUGACGAAUGGCCCAGAGAAAGAGAAGGAGGGGGUGAUCCAGAACUUCAAAAGAACACUGUCCAAGAAGGAGAAGAAGAAAGAGAAAAAGAAGGAGAAGGAGGCCUUUUCCAGAAUUUCAGAUGGAGACGAGCACACACUGAACCGAGAAGAUGGUGAGAACUCUAGGUUAGCGGCUGAGGUAUAUAAGGACAUGCCAGAGACCAGUUUCACACGAACCAUCUCUAACCCAGAGGUGGUAAUGAAGAGAAGACGACAGCAGAAGCUGGAGAAGAGGAUGCAGGAAUUCCGGAGCGGAGAUGGUCGUCCGGACUCAGGGGGGACUCUGAGGAUCUACGCUGAUAGUCUUAAGCCCAACAUUCCCUACAAGACCAUCCUGCUCUCUACCUCUGAUAUGGCCGACUUUGCCGUGGCAGAGGCCCUGGAAAAAUACGGUCUGGAGAAGGAGAACCCUAGAGAUUACUGCAUCGCCCAGGUUAUUCAUGUAAAUGAUAAACCAUUAAAGGAGACCAUCCUGGAUGACACAGAUUGCCCUCUGCAGAUCCUCAGAGACUGGACAAGUGAUAAAGAGGCCUUAGUGUUCCAGCUGAAAAAGCGACCUCCAGACUAUGUUGCAAGGAAAGGGCGUAAGCCCGACAACAGAAUGGGGCCGCAACAUGGAUCAAUUCCUCCUGAGAAACUGCCCUACCUGGUUGAACUCAGCCCAGGGAGAGGGAGUCACUAUGCCUACUACUACCGCCACCAUGAAGACGGAUCGGACUCCAGGGAUAAACCCAAACUCUACCGACUUCAGCACAGUGUUACUGAGGUCGGAUCUGACCGGAGUGAAGAUGGAAAUAUCCAGCUGUUUGGGCCUGGAAUUCUUCCUCACCACUGUGACCUGAUGCAUGCGGAUGGGCUUGUGACUGUGACCCCGGUCAGUUUAGACGCUGAGACCUUUGUGGAUGGACAGCGAAUCUCCGAAACUACUAUUCUGCGCAGCGGUGUGACCGUCCAGUUUGGGGCCACUCACGUCUUCAAAUUUGUGGACCCCAGCUAUGACCACAGCAUGUCCAAGAGAGACCUGGGGCCCAUGAUGAAGGGCAGAAACAAAUCAGGCAGCAUCCCAGAAACGACCUUUGACCUUCAUGGAGACAUUCAUAGUGGCUCUGCACUCCCUACAAGCAAGAGCUCAGGGAAGCUGGAGAUGGAGCGUUCAGGAAACGGCAGUGAAAGAGGCCUGGUUAAACCCAUGAUCAGAGGAGAACAGCAAGACUUCAGCAAACAUGAUGGAAGGUCCCAGGAUGGACCCGAGCUCACGUUGCCGGUGAGCAUCGAGUUCAGGGAAAACUCCGAGGAUGCCUUCCUGUCCGCCAUCAUAAACUACACCAACAGCUCCACAGUGCACUUCAAACUGUCCCCCACCUAUGUGCUGUACAUGACCUGCCGUUACGUCAUGUCCAGUCAGUACCGACCCGACAUCAGCCCCUCAGAGCGCACGCACAAGGUCAUUGCCAUCGUCAACAAGAUGGUGAGCAUGAUGGAAGGAGUUAUCCAGGAGAUUGCUGAAGGUGAACAGAAACAGAAGAAUAUUGCUGGGGCUCUGGCUUUCUGGAUGGCCAACGCUUCAGAGCUGUUGAACUUCAUCAAACAGGACAAGGAUCUGAGUCGCAUCACGCUAGACGCACAGGAUGUCCUUGCUCACCUAGUUCAGAUGGCUUUCAAAUACCUAGUGCACUGUCUGCAGUUGGAUCUGAAUAACUACAUGCCUGCUUUCCUCGAAGAUCCUGAUGAACAGAACCCACAGAGACCCAAGAUUGAGGACGUUCUGCACACGCUAACAGGCGCCAUGUCUCUUCUACGCCGCUGCCGUGUCAAUGCAGCCCUCACCAUCCAGCUGUUCUCCCAGCUCUUCCACUUCAUCAACAUGUGGCUCUUUAACAAGCUGGUGAUGGAGGCCGACUCAGGCCUGUGCUCGCACUACUGGGGCGCCAUACUACGACAACAGCUCAGCCACAUUGAGGCAUGGGCUGAGAAACAGGGCCUGGAGCUGGCCGCAGACUGCCACCUCAGCAGAAUUGUGCAGGCGACAACACUGCUCACUAUGGACAAAUACUCCAUGCAAGACGUCCAGAACAUCAACAACACCUGCUUCAAGCUCAAUUCUCUGCAGCUCAACGCUCUGCUGAGCAACUACCACUGCGCUCCUGAUGAGCCGUACAUUCCUCCUGAGCUGAUCGAUCACGUCGUGGCUGUGGCCGAGAACACGGCAGACGAACUGGCCCGAAGCGACGGGCGCGAGGUGCAACUGGAGGAGGACCCUGACCUGCAGCUGCCUUUCCUACUGCCUGAAGAUGGCUACUCAUGUGACGUGGUGCGGAACAUUCCCAAUGGAUUCCAGGAGUUUCUAGAACCGCUUUGCCAGAGAGGAUUCUGUAGAUUGACCCCUCAUCCACGCUCUCCUGGAACUUGGACCAUCUAUUUUGAAGGAACUGAUUGUGACAGCCACUUCUCGACUGACAACUCAGAACUGCCAAUGCAGAAGGAACCAGAAGUUGUGACUGUGACUUUGAAGAAACACAAUGGCAUGGGCCUCAGUAUUGUGGCGGCCAAGGGUGCCGGCCAGGACAAACUCGGCAUUUACAUCAAGUCUGUUGUCAAAGGAGGUGCAGCAGACAUGGAUGGGCGUCUGGCUGCUGGAGACCAAUUACUCAGUGUGGAUGGACGAAGUCUGGUUGGCCUCUCACAGGAGAGGGCGGCGGAAUUGAUGACACGAACCGGCUCGGUCGUUACGCUCGAGGUGGCCAAACAGGGAGCCAUUUACCACGGGCUGGCCACACUCCUGAAUCAGCCAUCCCCCAUGAUGUCCCGCGCGUCAGACCGUGGACGUGGGGACAAGGGGAAAGCCAGACCAAAGAGCGAGGGCUUUGAGCUCUACAACAACUCUGUGCAGAACGGCUCACCUGAGAGUCCUCAAGGCACAUGGGACGCCUACCCAGAACCAAAGAAGGAGGACAGGUUACUGAAGAACCGUGCAGACCACCGGUCCAGCCCAAAUGUGGCUAACCAGGCACCGAUUCCAGGAGGGAAACCUGUUUACCCGGGAGCACCAGGAAAGAUCACUUCGGUCUCAACGGGUAACCUCUGCCCUGACGAGGAGCCAUCUCCACCCCAUCCAGAGGCAUAUCCAAUUCCCACUCAGACAUACCCAAGAGAAUAUUUCACUUUUCCAGCCUCUAAAUCUCAGGACAGGAUGGGCCCUGGCCAGCCUUGGCAAAAUAACGAACCGGAGCCUCUACCCCCUAUGGAUAACCACACUAAUAACAACAUGUCUAUGCAGCGGGUUGCGCGCUCUCAGGAGGACCUGUGUGAUGUGCCCGGUGGUUACCCAGGUGACCAUCUGUGCCAGGAAGAUCUGAUGCACCUGCAGCAGCAUCAGCUUGAGGCUGAGUACCAGCGAGGAGGUGGAGGCGAGCACUGGAACCACCAGGUGUCCUCCUCGGUGGAAUCCAGCACCUCCAGCCAAGAGCACCUCAACUUUUCCUCCUCCUCUGCCACCAGGAACCAGGACAACCACAAGAGCGGUCCUGGACGCUGGAAGACCCCAAUAGCCCCCCACUCCGGCCCCGUGGGUGUCUCCCAACCCUCCCGCUCUGAUCUACCCCCACCCCCUCCUCCUCCGCCAGCACACUACGACUAUGAGGCUGACCUGCCCCUUCCGCCCCCACCUUCUGUCUCGCAACAACAGGCAGCAGCUGCCGCAGCCAGUGCCGACCGCAAGAAACGCGAAGAGCAACAACGUUGGUAUGAGAAGGAGAAAGCUCGGCUUGAAGAAGAGCGAGAGAGGAAAAGAAGAGACCAGGAGAGGAAGUUGGUGCAGAUUCGGAACCCACCCGGCACCGUUAUGCACAACAACCAACACGGCCCCCUACCGCCCGCCACUCAACACCAACAGAUGCCCCAUCCACAGCCUCCAGUCCAGGUUCCCCAACCCUAUCUGCCCCCAGUCCAGCCACCCCAACCACAGCUACCACAACCAGCCCGACCCGACAAACUCUCCAGCCUUCCUCGCCAGCCCCCGCAGUCCCAGGACACAGUAAUCCGUGACCUCCUACCACAGCAACAACCACGCACAAUCGAGAGACGUGACCUGCAGUACAUCACCAUCAGUAAAGAGGAACUUUCCGCCAGUGAUAGCCUCUCCCCGGACCCCUGGAAGAGGGACGCCCGUGAGAAACUGGAGAAGCAACAGCAGCUUCACAUUGUUGAUCUGCUGGACAAGGAGAUACAAGAUUUGCAGGCCAAGCCUGAGCGCACACCGGAGGACAAUGACCGACUGCGCAAACUCAUGCUGGAGUGGCAGUUCCAGAAGAGACUACAGGAGUCCAAGCAGAACGAGGAGGACGAGGAAGAGGAGGAUGAUGAAGAUGUAGACACCACGCUAAUCAUGCAGAGACUGGAGGCGGAGAAGAGAGCACGGCAGACUGCUGUACCAGCAAUCUCUGUUCUAGAUUUGCUACAGGACGAGGAGCGACGACGGAAACAGCAGCUGGAGGAAAUCCGUAAGCGUGAGGCAGAGGAGCGAGCCAAACAGGAGGAGGAGAGACGCUGGAGAGAGGAGGAGAGAGCCAGACGAGAGGCUGAGGAGAAGAGGAGACAGGAGGAAGAGUACUACACCCGCCUGGAGGCAGAGCGGCGCCGGCAGCACGAGGAAGUCGAGCGCAAGCUGCUGACGCCAGAUGAGCCUGGUCUGUACAGACCUCCCCUCCCCCGGGACUACCAGCCCCCUUCUCCCGCAUAUGCCCCUGCCACUAACAGCAACAGUGCCCCUCCACCCCCGCCUCAGAGAAACACCUCCUACCUCAAAACCCAGGUCACUUCCCCCGACACAAUAUACACUGCCAAGUUUGUCUCGUACAAUGACGACGAGGAGGAGGACGACCCGGGCCUAACAGGUCAGGUUAAGCUUUCGGCCACCCGGAAGUCCUAUGGUGACCUUACCCCCGCCCCAAAGCCCCAGCCGCCGCCAACCGCGCGCAAGCCCCGCCCUGUCUCAGAUGGCAUCUUUCUGUCCAGCUCAUUCCAGCUGCCUGCCGCGGCCAAUGCCAACAGUACCGCUACCAAGGCAGGGCAGCCCCCUCCCCCUCCCUCCAAACCAAGCUUCAUCCCAUCAGCCAACUCGAAAGGAUUUAAUUCAUACACUGGAAACUCUGCAGGACUAGGGUCGGGAGAGGUUUACAAGGACCUGCGAGAGAAAUGGACGAAAGGCGGUCCCGACCAGGAGAACACAAUAAGUGGAGCCCCAGAAAAUUUAACAUUUAAGGAGCGCCAGAGACUCUUCUCCCAGGGAAAGGAAGUGUCAAACAAGGUGAAAGCUUCCCGGAAGCUCAUGGAACUGGAGAAUGAACUAAACGUGAAACAGUAGCAAAAAGCCCAAGCAGGACUUAUUGCCAAUAUCCAACCCAUCCCUGGAAAAACAUCAUCUAGCUAGAGCUUCCCACUCAUUUUCCAAGUUUUGUUUUGGUUUUAUUGAACUGGACGGUUAAGAAUAAUUUAGCUGCAUUGUUGCAAUAAGAGACAAUAGUCCAUAAAUUCCCUCGAAAGUAUCAAAGAUAUAUUAUAAUAAAGCACUGUAAAUUGUUUUAAUUAUAUUAAUAAGAAAAUUGAAAUGACAUGAAGGGGGUAUAUUUUUGUUUGUGAAAUGUUAUUCCAAAAAAACACAAGAAAACAAACGCAGUCUUUGCUCAUUUUAUUUUUUUUAAUAGGCAGUCAUGUGGGAAAUUUUAUUGUUAUUUUAUGAUAUUUCUACAUAUUUCCACUUUGUUUUUGAGCAAGUGCCGAUAUAAUAGACCAACAUUAACAUCUCAACAGUACAGAACAGGGGACAGAAUUGGUUGUGUAUAUUAUCGAACAGAUGAACGAAACCUAUAUAGGAAGCUUUAAUUUUUCUUGUUGCACUUUUUUUGUCAUUCUGGUCCCUCCACAUUCAUGGAUACACAGGCACCUUUCCACCACACCUAGUGUCUGCAUUAAAAUAUAUAUAUAUUUUUUUUUUUUUUUUUGCUCAAUAAUGAGCUUUCAUAACCUGUGAGCGCCAUUUGUGAAUUGUAUUUCUUUCUCUUUUUACUAGACCAUCUGCAAGUCAGUCAUUCCAUGAGUGCUGAGGGUUACUACUUUUAUAAUGUUGAGUUUUCUAAUUCCCCAAAUUUUGUUUGGAUGAUGAAUAAUCCACUGACACAGCAGCCAGCUGACACUGGCGAGGUUUGAUGGUAGUAUAAUGUUAAAAAUAUGAUUUAAAUAAAGAGGAUUGUCAUAAUGAAACACAGGAGCCUUUUAAUUAGGAGGUAUUUAUUUCAACCAUAUUGACAUAGUUACAAAUUUGUUUGUAUUUAUAAGUCUGGUCAGUCUGCAGUUGAAAUUUGAUGCAAGAACAACAAACGUGACAAUUAUAUGCGUCCUAUAGUUUCUGACAGAGAAAGCCACUAUUUCUCUAUAAUUGUGUAUUGACUAGGUUCCCUCAGCUUACAGUAUUGCAGACUUUAUUUAAAUGAAAGAUCUGGUUGUUUUCAAAGUUUGAAACACCCACAUCUUUCCAUUCAUAGUCUAGACCUGUUGGCGCCUGUGUAAAUAAUUUUCCAGAGAACACAACUUUGUAAAUUCAAAUGAUGCAAAAAGGUAAUGUGUCAAUAUCUUUCUUUUUGCCACUUUAAAAACCAUAAACUGA